AUGCUUAACACAGGGGGGUUAGUGAAAGAUCUGCUGAAGGGAACGCCCGCACAGAUCCUGCCCGUUCUUUCUCGAUCCAGAGGCGGCAGAGUGACGGUUCCCGUUCCCGUUCCCGUCCUCUCUCUCUCUCUCGCCUUCCCAUCCCACACCGCCGCCGACGAGGGAUUUCUCCUUCAGUUGUCCGACGGGUUAACCGUGAUCCCAGAAUAUGAUUGGAAAUUGUUCUCUGAGGAGUGGAGUGCCACUCCUGGAAAAAGUAUAUAUGCUGAAAUUGCUUUUAGCAAGAACAUUCAAGAUAAACUGCACAUGGCAUCUGAAGCAAUGCCAAUUAUGGAUGGAAAGCUUGACCAGUCUCUUGAUGAUGCAAAUGAUGAUUUGAGGGCCAGAGAGCCCUAUCUCAAAACUGAUCCUGAGUUUCCAUUUAUAUUAUUAGUCUGUGAUGUGUUGGAGACUGUAUCCACCCUAGUGGAUGAUAAGAGGAAGCGAAGUAACGUGGUGCUUUCACAAUCUACAAAGAUAUUAUGGAAACAAUUUUUUAUGAGGUUUGUGUAGAAUGUAUUGGAGAAAGAGAGAGAUGUGCAUUGGUGGAGAAGGUCAAUUAUCGGAAUGAAGACACCCAUAUUUAUUUCAUCCGUGGAAAGGAAGCACCAAAGUGUAUCAAAGAAGCGUCUAAAGCUGUUCCUGUAUCAGAUCGUCGGACUUCAAAGCGUUCCAGGAGAACAAGCUCUGAGAAUUUAGUCAGUUUGAAAGUUUCUAGUUCUACAUCAGUCUAUCAGUUGAAUCUUUUGGGGGUAUGCUAUAGAUCGUUAAGGAGAAUCAGAAGCUUCACAAAGGUUAUGUUGAGAUUGAAGAUGACUGACAAGAUAGUAUUUUUCAUGGGGAUGUUCUUUGGGUGAGAUACUCUGAAAUCUACGAGAACCGUGACAUAGCAGACGAGAUUUCAGAGCAGAAGGGUGAUACACUACAAGCCGAGGAAGGCUUUAGAGGGACUCUAUUGACAUCAAGUGGCCCUGUUUAGUUCCAAAAAAAAUUUCUACAGUACCCGUCACAUUGAAUGUUUGGACACAUGUAUGGAGCAUUAAAUAUAGUUGAAAAAAAUAACUAAUUACACAGUCUAA